ACUGAUAGGUACCGUUAUCAAACAAAUACUUUAGUGAAAAUUCCUUCAUUAAUCGGCUGCGUUUCACAUGACUCGGCCGAAUAAAGUUAUCACAGAAACGCUAAUUGUAAACGUACACUUUUUUAUCUUACCAGUUUCUUGUCCUGAUAAGAUUACAGUGUCAUAUGGCUCACAACAGCGCCACCUCUACAUCUUAUAGAGAGCGAACAUUGUAAAUCAACGUAACGUUUUAUUGUGAUAAUGUAAAAAAUAAACCUAGAGCAGUGAUGGUGCAGUGUAUUAUCGUUUUUUGUGCGAAAUGAUACAUCCUCCUUCCGUAACUAUAAUGUCGAUGCAAAACGUAAGACCCUUGGAUUUGCCCAGCGGGGCAGAAAGGCCACAGAGGAGUAGAUCUUCGUCUUGGUCCCUGCGGUAUAUGCAAAACGGUUUUUCAAGACAUGAACCAAGAUAUUCAUUACAAUAUCAGACUGAUGAGAAUAGCUUCCUACUUCGUUUAAGGAUUGUAGGAGCUUACUCAUUGGCUAAAAAGGAUAUAUUUGGUGCUAGUGACCCAUAUGUUCGGGUGGAGUUGCAGAAGGUCGAUGGUGAUGUCACCCUUGAUACGUUCAUCACUAAAACCAAGAAAAAGACAUUAAAUCCCACAUGGAAUCAGGAGUUUGUAUUCAGGGUAAAACCUACAGAGCACAAGCUGUUGAUACAAGUGUUCGAUGAGAACCGGCUCACUAGGGAUGACUUCCUGGGCAUGGUGGAGGUGCCCCUCUCCUCUGUGCCCACGGAGACGGCGGCCUCCGCCCGCCCCAACGUCGUUAAGUACCCGUUGCGCCCGCGCAGGUCUGUUGCUAGGUCCAGAGUUCGUGGCUACAUUGAGGUGUACCACGCUUUAGUGGGGCGUGUCGGUGAGGCCGGGGCUGAGGAACCAGCGCCUUCAGACGACUGGGAACUGGUGGAACCCUCGCCACAACAGGGUGUCGUACAACCGGCGAUCGGCGGAGAUCCCUUGCCGCCGGGUUGGGAGGAACGGCAGGACGCCAACGGCAGGACCUACUACGUCAACCACAUCGAGAGGUCCACGCAAUGGGGACGCCCUACCUUCACGCGCAACAUGAGUUCGGAGUCCCAAGCAGAGCGCAUGGAGACAGCAGCGACGGAGUUCCAGCGCCGCUUCCACAUCUCGGCCGACGACGAGCUCGCCUCCAGCCCCGCCGCAACACAUACACAGAACCAUCACCAGGAGGAUAUAAGCAAUAGAAGUGGGGAGACUAACUCGACGGACCCCACGCCGUUUUCCACACCAAUCAGAUCGCCGGAACCCGUCGCACACGUUGUGGACAGCGCGGUGACGAACCAAACUAAUAGUAUAAGUGAUGAAACCGACUGUGAUAAUAAUUUAGGAAACAAAACGACGCAGGAGGACGACGACGUUGUGUGCGCCAACGAAGUCGUUGGCGAUGCUCAAACUGACACCAGUACUAGUCACGACGCAGCCAACACAGCUGCUGACACAGCGGAACUAACUGACAAUACUAACAAUGAAACUGAUAACACUACCACUGCCGACGAGGCAGGCGGGAACACACCUCCUACUGACACACCGCAGGACGAGGGUCCAGACACGACUGACCAUACAGAAGUUACACAAGACGGUGUCGUUACACCUGAAGAGAGAAACACAGCUAACGAGGGACACGAGUCCAAUGAAAGAGACGCAACCAAUGAGGCCGACACAGAAAACGAAACACAGACAGAAGUCGUUGAGAAUGAGACUGAAACAACAGCUAGCGAAGCUGCAGAGACAGAGACAGCAUCGCCUCAGACAGAGACGGUUGAACCUCAGACAGAGACGGCUGUACCCCAGGCAGAAGUUAUAGUAGAGGAAGACGCUCUAACGUUUGAUGAGAACCACUUCAGUACGCCGACGGGCGGGGCCUCGCCUGUUACCACGCCCACCAAUCGCCGGCGGAGGACCACCACCAGCUCGAUGGAGGAUUCCGAGGACGAGACGGACGGCUCGACAGAGAGUACAAGGAGUAGCAGCGCCAGCAGUACGCAGAGUCAGAACCUGCCCAACAGUGACGGUCUUCCGCCCGGUUGGAGUAUGCAAAGAGCGCCGAACGGUAGAAUAUUUUUCAUUGACCACAAUCAGAAGACGACGACGUGGAUAGAUCCCAGAACUGGUUGUGCAUCCAGCCUGCCGUCUGCAGCGGGUAGCGCGGGCAGUGCCGCCGUGGAGGCGGACGAGCUCGGCGCGCUACCGGAGGGCUGGGAGGAGCGAGUCCACACUGACGGAAGGAUCUUCUUCAUUGACCACAAUACACGCACGACUCAGUGGGAGGACCCUCGGCUGUCGAACCCCCAGAUCGCGGGCCCGGCCGUCCCGUACUCGCGGGACUACAAGCGCAAGUACGAGUACCUUAAGAGUCAACUGCGCAAACCGAGCAACGUGCCAAACAAGUUCGAGAUCAAGGUACGACGUAACUCAAUCCUCGAAGACUCGUACCGCAUCAUCAGUUCCGUCAGCCGCCUCGACCUGCUCAAGACUAAGCUAUGGGUCGAGUUCGAAUCUGAAGUCGGUCUUGAUUAUGGUGGUCUAGCUCGUGAAUGGUUCUUCCUGUUGUCAAAAGAGAUGUUUAAUCCUUACUAUGGCUUGUUCGAAUACUCUGCCAUGGACAACUACACUUUACAGAUUAAUCCAAAUAGUGGAGUCUGUAACGAGGAACAUCUCAGCUACUUUAAGUUUAUAGGCAGGGUCGCAGGCAUGGCUGUGUACCAUGGGAAACUGUUGGAUGCGUUCUUCAUCCGUCCAUUCUACAAGAUGAUGUUAGGCAAGACGAUAGAGCUGUUAGACAUGGAAUCUGUUGACUUAGAGUACUACAACUCACUUAUGUGGAUUAAGGAAAACGACCCGUCAGAGUUGUACCUGACGUUCUCAGUGGACGAGGAGCAGUUCGGCAAGACCAUACAGCGGGAACUGAAGCCGGGCGGCGCCAACAUACCUGUCGAUAAUGAUAACAAGGAUGAGUACAUCAAACUGGUGAUCCAGUGGCGCUUCGUGUCGCGCGUGCAGGAGCAGAUGUUCGCGUUCCUGGAGGGGCUGAGCGCGCUCGUGCCGCUGCCGCUGCUGAAGAUCUUCGACGAGAACGAGCUCGAGCUGCUGCUCUGUGGCAUACAGCACAUCGACGUGCGCGACUGGCGCGCCAACACGCUCUACAAGGGGGACUACCACGCCAACCAUCUCGUCGUCCAGUGGUUCUGGAGGCACAUCGACGUGCGCGACUGGCGCGCCAACACGCUCUACAAGGGGGACUACCACGCCAACCAUCUCGUCGUCCAGUGGUUCUGGAGGGUGCGUACGGUACACACACACACACAGCACAUCGACGUGCGCGACUGGCGCGCCAACACGCUCUACAAGGGGGACUACCACGCCAACCAUCUCGUCGUCCAGUGGUUCUGGAGGGUGCGUACGGUACACACACACACACAGCACAUCGACGUGCGCGACUGGCGCGCCAACACGCUCUACAAGGGGGACUACCACGCCAACCAUCUCGUCGUCCAGUGGUUCUGGAGGGUGCGUACGGUACACACACACACACAGCACAUCGACGUGCGCGACUGGCGCGCCAACACGCUCUACAAGGGGGACUACCACGCCAACCAUCUCGUCGUCCAGUGGUUCUGGAGGGUGCGUACGGUACACACACACACACAGCACAUCGACGUGCGCGACUGGCGCGCCAACACGCUCUACAAGGGGGACUACCACGCCAACCAUCUCGUCGUCCAGUGGUUCUGGAGGGUGCGUACGGUACACACACACACACAGCACAUCGACGUGCGCGACUGGCGCGCCAACACGCUCUACAAGGGGGACUACCACGCCAACCAUCUCGUCGUCCAGUGGUUCUGGAGGGUGCGUACGGUACACACACACACACAGCACAUCGACGUGCGCGACUGGCGCGCCAACACGCUCUACAAGGGGGACUACCACGCCAACCAUCUCGUCGUCCAGUGGUUCUGGAGGGUGCGUACGGUACACACACACACACAGCACAUCGACGUGCGCGACUGGCGCGCCAACACGCUCUACAAGGGGGACUACCACGCCAACCAUCUCGUCGUCCAGUGGUUCUGGAGGGUGCGUACGGUACACACACACACACAGCACAUCGACGUGCGCGACUGGCGCGCCAACACGCUCUACAAGGGGGACUACCACGCCAACCAUCUCGUCGUCCAGUGGUUCUGGAGGGUGCGUACGGUACACACACACACACAGCACAUCGACGUGCGCGACUGGCGCGCCAACACGCUCUACAAGGGGGACUACCACGCCAACCAUCUCGUCGUCCAGUGGUUCUGGAGGGUGCGUACGGUACACACACACACACAGCACAUCGACGUGCGCGACUGGCGCGCCAACACGCUCUACAAGGGGGACUACCACGCCAACCAUCUCGUCGUCCAGUGGUUCUGGAGGGUGCGUACGGUACACACACACACACAGCACAUCGACGUGCGCGACUGGCGCGCCAACACGCUCUACAAGGGGGACUACCACGCCAACCAUCUCGUCGUCCAGUGGUUCUGGAGGGUGCGUACGGUACACACACACACACAGCACAUCGACGUGCGCGACUGGCGCGCCAACACGCUCUACAAGGGGGACUACCACGCCAACCAUCUCGUCGUCCAGUGGUUCUGGAGGGUGCGUACGGUACACACACACACACAGCACAUCGACGUGCGCGACUGGCGCGCCAACACGCUCUACAAGGGGGACUACCACGCCAACCAUCUCGUCGUCCAGUGGUUCUGGAGGGUGCGUACGGUACACACACACACACAGCACAUCGACGUGCGCGACUGGCGCGCCAACACGCUCUACAAGGGGGACUACCACGCCAACCAUCUCGUCGUCCAGUGGUUCUGGAGGGUGCGUACGGUACACACACACACACAGCACAUCGACGUGCGCGACUGGCGCGCCAACACGCUCUACAAGGGGGACUACCACGCCAACCAUCUCGUCGUCCAGUGGUUCUGGAGGGUGCGUACGGUACACACACACACACAGCACAUCGACGUGCGCGACUGGCGCGCCAACACGCUCUACAAGGGGGACUACCACGCCAACCAUCUCGUCGUCCAGUGGUUCUGGAGGGUGGUGCUAUCGUUCUCCAAUGAGAUGCGUUCCCGCCUGCUGCAGUUUGUGACUGGAACGUCCCGCGUGCCAAUGAAUGGGUUCAAGGAGCUGUACGGCAGUAAUGGCCCGCAACUCUUCACCAUCGAGAAGUGGGGAGCGCCUGACAACUACCCCCGGGCGCAUACCUGCUUUAACCGCAUAGAUCUCCCGCCUUACGAAAGCUAUCAGCAACUACGAGAGAAGCUGAUAAAGGCCAUUGAAGGGUCACAGGGCUUCGCAGGCGUCGACUGAGACCGCGCCGUCUUAGCACCCCGGCCUUACCUCAAAACCACCAUAUUCUUACAUACAGUAGCACAUCAAAAUAUACCAAUACGCAAGACAUUUUCAAACUUAUCACGAAGGUAUGAAGGUUGAAAAUGCAUUACAAACAAUAGAGUAGCUUUAUCUACUUGUUGGUACUGGUAUCGAUUUGUUCCUUAACGUAUAAGCAGGUUCACGUGUAUAAAAGUACGUUGACCUUUGAACAUACUUGGUUUAUUUUCAUUUUAAAACUAUUCAGGCAUAUAAACAAUUAUCUUCUUAAUAUCUUUUCUAUUCAAUCUAUAAAAUACCUUCAGAGACUAGCAGGUCAACCUACUCCAAUCUGUAAGAG